GCCAGAAGCAGUGUGUUGAAGUUAACCGUCACCUUCUCUCUGGACUUCUGUUCUAGCACAUGUGUGUGCUGUGUUCUGCUAACUAAACCAUGCCAGCUUUGUCAACUGGAUCUGGAGGUGACACAGGUUUGUAUGAGCUGCUGGCUUCUCUGCCAGCCCAGCUGCAGCCACAUGUGAACAGCCAGGAAGACCUGACCUUCCUCUGGGAUAUGUUUGGUGAAAAAAGCCUUCAUUCACUGGUAAAGAUUCACGAAAAAUUACACUACUAUGAAAAACAGAGCCCUGUCCCAAUGUUGCAUGGUGCAUCAGCUUUGGCAGACGAUCUGACUGAGGAGCUGCAGAGAAAACCACUAAACAGUGAGAUCAGAGAAUUGUUGAAACUACUGUCAAAACCCAAUCUGAAGGCUUUGCUUUCUGUGCAUGACACUGUUGCUCAAAAAAGCUAUGAUCCAGUAUUGCCUCCCAUGCCCGAUGACAUUGACGAAGAAGAAGACUCUGUAAAAAUCAUCCGGCUUGUCAAAAACAGAGAACCACUGGGGGCUACUAUUAAAAGAGAUGAGCACACCGGAGCGGUUGUUGUGGCUCGGAUAAUGCAUGGAGGAGCUGCAGACAGAAGUGGUCUCAUUCAUGUUGGUGAUGUACUUAAAGAAGUCAAUGGAAUUCCUGUGGGUGAUAAAAAACCAGAAGAAAUUAUACAAAUUCUGUCCCAGUCUCAAGGUGCCAUUACGUUUAAAAUUAUACCUAGUAUCAAAGAAGAUAACCCAGCUAAAGAAGGCAAGAUUUUUAUGAAAGCUCUGUUUGACUAUGAACCCAGUGAGGAUAAAGCAAUCCCCUGUAAAGAAGCUGGACUUCCUUUCAGAAAAGGUGAUAUUCUUCAGAUCAUGAGCCAGGAUGAUGCAACCUGGUGGCAAGCCAAGCUUGAAGGUGAUGCCAAUCCCAGAGCAGGCCUAAUUCCUUCAAAACAUUUCCAGGAAAGGAGACUUGCAUUGAGAAGAUCUGAUGUACAGGUUCAGCCACUGAAAAUUUCCAAUCGAAAAGCAUCUGGUUUUAGGAGAAGCUUUCGUCUGAGCAGAAAAGACCGAAAAACAAACAAGACAAUGUAUGAAUGCAAGAAGAGCGAUCAAUACGAUACAGCAGAUGUCCCAACCUAUGAGGAAGUAGCAAAAUAUAGUCGACAGCCUAAUGAGAAAUACAGACUUGUUGUCUUGGUUGGUCCUGUGGGUGUAGGACUGAAUGAACUUAAACGGAAAUUGUUGAUCAGUGAUACCCAGCAUUAUGGCGUAACUGUGCCACACACCACAAGAGCGCGGAGGAGCCAAGAAAGUGACGGCGUUGAGUACACUUUUAUUUCCAAGCACUUGUUUGAGACAGACGUGCAGAAUAACAAAUUUAUUGAAUAUGGGGAAUAUAAGAACAAUUACUAUGGUACCAGCGUUGACUCUGUUCGAUCUGUUCUGGCUAAAAAUAAAGUCUGUUUGUUGGAUGUCCAGCCUCAUACAGUGAAGCAUUUAAGGACAUCAGAGUUUAAACCAUAUGUCAUAUUUAUAAAGCCUCCAUCAAUUGAGCGUUUGCGAGAGACCAGAAAAAAUGCCAAGAUAAUUUCCAGCAAAGAUGAAAAGGGUGCUGCCAAACCUUUUUCAGAAGAAGACUUUCAAGAGAUGAUUAAAUCAGGACAAAUAAUGGAGAUCCAGUAUGGGCAUCUCUUUGACAAAGUUAUAGUAAAUGAUGAUCUAACUACAGCAUACAAUGAGCUGAAAACCACCUUUGACAAAUUGGAAAGAGAGACUUUCUGGGUUCCAGUCAGUUGGGUGCAUUCUUAGCACCGUAAACAAAUAAAAAGAUUUCCUGGAACUUUAUAAAGGGUGUUUAGGUGCACCUAAAAUGCCAUUCGGUUGGUGGGAAGCUUUUCUUGCUUUGGCACAUUGAUGAUUUCACAAACUUUGUGCAGUGGAAUGUUGAUCUUUCCUUUGUGUGAGCCUUCCUGUUUGAAAAUAGGAUCUAGGGGGCAGAGGACAACAAUGAAGCCUUAUUUUACUUGAUUCAAAUCACCACUUUUUAAAACAAAACA